AUGGAAAAUAGGCAUCAGAGGAGAAAAUGUGAUGAGACCUAUGAAAUGACCCCAUACUUUCCAGCCAGCAGGUACAGUGAGUUCCAAAAUGCUCAUAAGAUCUUUGGUGUGAGCAACAUCCAAAAGAUCAGGGCCAUGGCUGCACCUGAUCAAAGACAGGCAGCUGCUGAAAGCAUUCUCAAGGAAGGGAAUGCAUGGAAAGUUAUAGACACAAUCAGCUGUAAUGAAGCUAUCAAACUAAUAGGUAGCAAUAUCAAGCUAUACAAGCAAUACCUCAAGGAAAUGGCUUUGCAUGUGUCGCUUAAGACAUGCAGGUUUCUUAAAAGUAGCACCGCAUUCUUGGCAAGUAUUGGAUUUUUCCCUCUCUCCUUCCCCAUCCCCAUCAGCCUCUUUGGCCAUUUCCAUCUCUUCUUGGAACAAAAAUGCCACAGUACUCACAAUAAUAUCGCAGCGAAUAAAGACUUUAAAACUCAGCCAAAGCUUUUCUCGCUUUCCCCCAAGGCGCUUACGACGUGGUUCCCAGUUCGUUCCAACCAGAAAGCUUUUCACGAAGUUGUCACUUGUCGCACUGCAUCAGUCUCAGCGUUCGAUAAUGUCUUCACUUGGGACGACUUCGUUACAAUAUCCAAACCGGUUAAGAUCUCAGGGGCUACUCGGAAAAGAUCAAAAUCUGCAAUCGCGCUUUCCUUGGAAUCGCACUCUGAGUUCCUUCCCUCUGAAAUUGAGGACCAUUCACAAAGGAAAAUUCAAACUCUAAUGGCGGUUUCAUUCAUCGCUGAGCAGAGGACGAGAGCUGUGGGAGAUGUAAUCAAAAGCUUAGGGGAAGAACAUAGUCCAGAGCCUCCAGACCUUGAUGAAAUAACAUGGGCAUUCCCCGACCCCGAAAUAGAUGGAUUUACAUCACAUGUUCCUAAAUUAGACGGCUCUGGUGCACUUUAA